GUCCCCUCCUCGCAUGGACAGUCAUUACUCGUCCCCGUCGAUCUCAACGGUCAGAUUUGCUUCCCACCCCUUCACUUAUUUUCAUGCACCGGAUCUCGCUACCCCCCUGGCUCUAGAUGUGUUUCUAUUUCUAUAUCUAUAGAUCGUAGUCGGAUCUGCGGUAGGUUGUUCACGAUGCUUCGUUUGUACGGACAGGCAUGGAGGAGGACGCCAUGAGGAGGAAGACCAGGUCCGCUAGGCGCAGAGUUGGCGGUGGCGGUGAGUGGCAUUGGCUUGUAAUUUUGGGCUCUCUCCAGGGGUUACUUGCCGGAUGAUAUGGGCUGCGGUGGCUCCAAGGUCGACGACUUGCCGCUAGUCACGCUUUGCCGGGAGCGGAAGGACUUCAUCAAAAAGGCGUUGGACCAGCGCUACGCUCUCGCCGCAGCCCACCUCUCCUACUUCCAAUCCCUCCAGCAUAUCGGCGACGCCCUGUGCAAGUUCGUCGACGAAGACCUUAUUAUCUCCGGCGCCGGCGGGUCGUCUUCGCCGCCGGGAUCCCCAGUUCUCACGUUACCCUCCGACGAAGGCAAGCCCAGGAAAAGGAAACCCCAUACAAACGACUCGUCGUCUACGUCGAUUUCGCACUCUGUUUCCGCUGAUUCGCCGAAAGCGGACGACUUUGACGACUCUCACAUAAAUUUGUCGUCUGGGUCCGAGUCAGAAUUCGAGUACUUGUCGUCGGGUCACAUUCACAUCGAGGACAGCCCGGAGCAAGAGGUACCCUCUUCUUCUUCCUCCUAUCGUUACCCUUCGAGUUACCCUUCGAAUUACCCUCCGAAUUACCCCCCGAAUUACCCUUCGAAUUACACUCCGAAUUCACAUAUGUAUUAUAUGAGAAGGACAGAGACGCCGAUGCAGACGGUGUAUUACGAAGAGCCGGAGAGAUAUCCGACCCAAAAUGGUCCUUACCUGGAUCCUUAUCCGGGUUAUUCGGGUUUUCAGCCAUAUGGCGGUGGUGGGUUUUUCGGGUAUCCACUGGGGUCACCGGUGAAUAGUGAAAAUCCUUACAACAGACGGCCGCUGAGCCCACCAUCACUGGCCCGUCCUCCACCUGCACCGCCUUCGCCUCCGACAACCUCCACUUGGGAUUUCCUGAAUGUGUUUGAAACUUAUGAUAAUACUGGUUACCCGGGUUCCUAUCCGAAGGCUAGAUACGGGUACGGGUCCACGGCGAGCAGUCCGGACUCGAAGGAGGUGAGGGAGAGAGAGGGAAUUCCUGAUUUGGAGGAUGAGACAGAGCAGGAAGUGUUGAAAGAGGUUCACAAGGAGAAGCGGAAGGCGAAUGAGGAGGGUAAUGUGAAUAGGAAUAGGAAUCGAAAUUCGGGUGAAGGGACUUCAAGGGCUGUGCCAUUGAAGCAGCCAAGCAGUGAGGGGAGUUCAGGGACAGUGCCAUUGCAUAGCAGUGAAAGUUCACACUCUGGGCGUGGGAAGGAGAUAAAGAGCAGUCCUGAUACAAUUGGAUCCAAAAACUCUGAAGAGGAAUUUGUGAAGAAAAAGAGGGUGAGUUUUGAGUUUGAGGUUGAGGUUGAAGCAGCAUCGACGCACGAUGUUGGAUCUUCUAAAGGGAGUAGCUUAACUACAUUGUCAGUCCACAGUACAAGGGAUCUUCAGGAGAUUGUGAAGGAAAUCAGGGAUGAGUUUGAGACUGCGUCUACUUAUGGGAAAGAGGUUGCCAUGCUGCUUGAGGUGGGCAAGUUACCUUAUCAGCCUAGAGGUGCUGCACUUAAAGUGGUCUUCUCAAGGAUCCUUUACCUUGUAGCACCUUCCAUGCUGUCUUCACCCCCUUCAUCCAGGCCACCAGUAAAAUUAAGUUCUAAGACCGUGGAAUUGGCAAAAGCUUACCAGGGAGAACCGGGAAAAGAUAUCAAGAAGCCUGGAAACCUCUCAUCGACUUUGGAGAAACUUUAUGCAUGGGAGAAAAAAUUGUACAAGGAAGUUAAGGACGAAGAAAAGCUACGGGUUGACUAUGAAAAGAAGUGCAAGAAAUUGAAAAAUCUAGAUAAUCAUGGAGCUGAGUCUGCUAAGAUUGAUGCCACCCAGGCUUCUGUACGGAAGUUGCUAACCAAAAUUAAUGUUUGUAUCAGAGCUGUUGAUACCAUAUCAAGGAGGAUACAUAAGUUGAGGGAUGAAGAAUUGCUUCCCCAAGUCACGGAAUUGAUUCAUGGAUUGAUAAGAAUGUGGAAAUCCAUGCUUAAAUGCCACAAGAAACAGUUCCAAGCUAUUAUGGAGAGCAAAAUUCGAUCUCUUAAGGUGAGCACUGGCCUUCGAAAAGAUUCCGGUUUGAAAGCUACUCUUGAACUUGAAAUGGAGCUUCUGAGCUGGUGCGCCUCCUUUAACAAUUGGGUCAGCACCCAAAAGUCCUAUGUGGAGUCCUUAAAUGGGUGGCUUUCAAGGUGCAUUAAUCAGGAACCUGAAGAAACUACCGAUGGAGUUGCCCCUUUCUCCCCAAGCCGGAUGGGAGCUCCACCCAUUUUUGUAGUUUGUAAUGAUUGGUGCCAAGCAAUGGAAAGAAUUUCCGAAAAGGGGGUGGCAGGUGCGAUGCAAGAUUUUGCUUCAACCUUACACCAGUUAUGGGAAAGGCAGGACGAGGAGCAACGUCAGAGGAUCAAAGCUGAGUAUGUCUCCAAGAAUUUGGAGAGCCAACUCAGAAAAUUGCGUAUGGAGAGAGCAAAAAGAGACCAUGACCAUGAUGCAUCAACAGACAAAAGUGCUCUGUCAAAGUCUCCUUCCGAUAGUGGAGUUUCACCACUAGAUGAUCUGAAGGUGGAUUUGGAUUCAAUGAAGAAGAGAUUAGCCGAGGAGAGAGCGAGGCAUAAGGAGGCCAUCAAAUUAGUUAAUCACGCAGCUUCCAAUAGUUUGCAAGGUGGUUUGGUCCCAAUUUUUGGAACUUUAAAUAGUUUCACUUCAGAGGCUCUGAAAGUUCACGAGCAAGUCAGACUUCAAGAUGCCAGAGGCUCAUAGCGAAUGUAAAAAUAUAUUUAUACAAGUCGGACGUGUGUUCUGUGGAGUAGCUAGAGCCCGUCUGUAUAUGUACAGUUGUUUCUUGAGAUCGCAUACAUUUAGAAAUGGUAGGUUAGCAGAAAAAGAAAAGGGAACUAUAUGAAACUUUAGGCAUGACAGAGAGCCUCGAGAAGGUAUUUAGAAAGGUUGAUAGACGGUAGAGUUGAUCCCUUUGGGUUGCCUGGAAGUUGAUGCAUUCUCAUCUCGACUAGGAGAUAUUUUUUGGUCUGGCGGAUGUACUGCAUCACCUGCGUCGCCUCCACACAAACAUUGGGGGUGAGGACCUUAAUACCAAAGGGUUCCGUUCUUUGUGUCUGUGUGGUCUGACUGGUGACGUGGUCCAAGGCAGAAAGCCAAGAAUGCCUCCUUAACUUGAUAUCUUGUACUGCACAACCCCUCUAACAGAUGGCAAAUUUGUACAGAAAAUUCAUUUAUUGGGUUUAUUGGUUUUUAGGUGGAUGUAUUGCCUGUUGUUGGAAUGUGUAGGAUGUCAGCUUAGAGAAACUGCAAGUCUUUAUUCCAUUACCAAAAUGGUUUGUCUUUUCUUGUA